AGUGGGUUUCAGUGAAGGAUGGGCCAGUGCAAGACUAACCAAACCCAUGAAUAGUUUAAAUAUCUUUCAUUUCAUUUGUUCAACCAAGCCCAGGUUCUGAAAGCCAUAUAAAUGAAGGGGUCUCAGAGUGGAUGAUGAACUGCUUAUCUCUCUCUCUCAAUCUCUAGGUUGCUGUCUCUUUACACAAUGAGUCGACAACUGAAUGCAAAAACUUUUGGUAGUGGGAAGAAGUUUAGCGCUGGUUCUGCUAUUGUUUUUGGAGCAGGAAGGAGUCAAAGGAGUAUGGGAGGAGGAAGUGGAAGCUAUGGUCUUUACAGUCAGAGCCUUUAUAAUCUCGGGGGAACGAAAAGCAUUUCCAGGAGUGUGGUUCCAGGAGACCUUCGACGUGGAGGUGGAUUUGGUGGUGGUGGUGGUGGUAUGUUUAGUUUAGGUGGGUUUGCUGAUGGUGGGAGAACCAAUGGCAGCUUUGUCAAUGGAAGAAAUGGCUCAGGCUCUUUUUCCUAUCCACCGGGUCAUAUCCAGGAAGUGACAGUUAACCAGAAUCUCCUGGCACCGCUUAACCUGAAAAUUGAUCCAGAAAUCCAGGAAGUGCGCAAGGAAGAGAGGGAGCAGAUCAAAUGCCUCAAUGACAAAUUUGCAUCUUUUAUUGACAAGGUUCGCUUCUUGGAGCAACAAAAUAAAAUCUUAGAGACCAAACUGAACCUUUUGCAACAGCAGCCCAUGCCCCACCUAAAGAGAAAGGCUGAUCAUACAUUUGAAGCCUACAUACAUGGCCUGAGAAAGCAGCUGGAGUCUCUGAGCACUGAAAGAGGAAGGCUGGGCUCAGAAUGGAAGAAUAUGCAGGAUCUUGUUGAAGAUUUUAAGAGAAGGUAUGAGGAAGAAAUCAACAAGCGCACAACUGCUGAGAAUGAAUUUGUCCUGUUGAAAAAGGAUGUAGAUUUAGCCUAUAUGAACAAGAUGGAGCUGAAGACCAGGACAGCUUCUCUGGAUAAGGAGGUCGAUUUCUUGAGAUCCCUCUAUGAGGAGGAGCAGGCACAGAUGCAAAGUCAGGUAACUGACACAAGCAUUAUCCUCUCCAUGGACAACAGUCGAGAUCUCGACAUGGAUGUUAUCAUCGCUGAAGUCAAAGCUCAGUAUGAAGAUAUGGCAAAUAGGAGUCGAGCUGAAGUAGAUGCCAUGUACCAAAGCAAGUUUCAGGAACUUCAGCUUACAGCUGGGAAGCAUGAUGAUGCCUUGAAAAACUCCAAGACGGAAAUUUUGGAACUGAAUCGAUUGAUUCAUAGGCUGAGAGCAGAGACAGGCACUGUGAAGAAGCAGUGUGCUUUUCUUCAGUCAUCUAUUGCUGAGGCUGAAGAACGUGGAGAGACAGCCCUUAAAGACGCCAGAGAAAAAUUGACUAAAUUGGAAAAUGCAACACAGAAAUCUAAUGAAGAGUUGGUCCGUCUUUUGAGGGAUUACCAGGAACUUUUGAAUGUUAAGAUAUCACUUGACAUUGAAAUUGCUACUUACAAGACACUCCUGGAAGGCGAGGAAUGCAGGAUGUCAGGAGAAUGUGGAGGUGCUGUAAACAUAUCUGUAGUUAGCAACAGCAGCAUGCUUGGAGGAAAUGGCCUGGGCCGUGUGGCGAGACUGAGUGGAGGAAGAGGAGGUGGAGGUUCAAGUUCUGAAAGUAGCCGGGGUAUUGUGGGAUAUAGUUCUGGAGGUGGAGGAAGCAGUCAUGGCCUGAAAAUUAUAUCAACAACUUCUACAAGCAAAAGGACAACAAUAAGAUAAACCAUAAACAAAAUUUAUUGAAAGAUUAAAUUGACCGCUUACAAAUCUUUGAGGCUUGUCAACACUAACUGUCUGUUGUGGAAAAAUGUGCCCUUUGUGUGCAUGAAUUCUGUUUUCAAUGGCUUCAUAGAGAUCACAUUCUUUUAGCUAGUGAAUUGGACAACACAACAACCAAAU